AUGAAAAUAUGCAGUGAUGCAGCUGGACCGAGAUCAGUACACCGGAAAGCCUUGCUCGAGGCAUUGGCAGGUGAAUUACCGGUUCAUUUGAUCCGUUUCUCUUCCAAGAUCUCUUCUAUUGAAACACAACAACAUGAAGGUUCAUCCGUUGCCAUUGUUCACGUGGAAAAUGGAACUGUCAUUAAAGCAAAAUUUCUCAUAGGGUGUGACGGGGUUCACUUAGUGGUGUCACGCUGGUUAGGACUCCGUGAGCCAGUCCUUUCAGGACGAUCAGCUGCUCGUGGCUUGGCUGUGUAUCCUCAAGGCCAUGGACUCGAGCAGAAGGUGCGACAGUAUGUAGGAUCAGGCAGAAGGGCUGGCUUCGUUCCCCUCACCGACAAAGAGAUCUACUGGUUCUUCACUGUCACAUCUCCAGCUAAAGGGACCUCCCUAGCGAGAGAUGCCGAAGAUAUACAAAAAGAAGUACUUGAGAAUUAUGCCAAGGACCUCCCACCUAUAUUCUUAGAUGUUGUGCAGCACACAGAUCUUUCGACAUUAACAUGGGCUCCAUUAAUGUUUAGAUAUCCCUGGAACGUAGUAUUUGGCAACUUAAGCAAGCAAAACAUCACUGUGACCGGCGAUGCCAUGCACCCCAUGACACCUGACCUAGCACAGGGGGGUUGCUCAGCAUUAGAAGAUGCAGUGAUCUUAGGCAGGCAUAUUGGGACGUACAUCCUUUGUACAGAACGGACGUGUACUUGUACCGAACGAGAUUAGUCAAGUACUGGGUAAAUAUGUGGAAGAAAGAAGGUGGCGCGUCGCUUUGUUGAUCACAGGGUCAUAUAUAGCAGGAUGGGUGCAGCAGGGAGGAUCUGGAUGGGGUAUGAAAUUCUUGAGAUAUUCCAUAUUUUACAAAUUCCUUUUCCUUAAGAUGGUUAUAUACGUAAACUAUGACUGUGGGAAACUCGACUUCUAGUACACAUUUCAUUCAUUGUGGAGAAAUUGACCUCCUCCCAAGCAGCCAAAAUAUAUAGGUUGAUGAUUCUUCUACACAAUGCGAUCUCGAGUGCAGGCUAUAGAAUAAAGAAGUUGUACGUACCAAGUACCAACUGAUUAGUGAGACCUACGAAGAGCCAAUGUAGUAAUGCAGUCCUGCUCAGGUGAUCUUGAUUAUGUACUCAACCGUGCUUAAUUGUUGUUGGAUUCAAUGGUGAAAAAUAAUAAGGCAGUUAGAAUGCUCAUUAAGAUUACUAG